CUCGGGCACAACAUCGCCUGCGUUGUGUGGCGAAUCCUCCUGCGCAAUAGUUAACUGUAUAUCUGGUGCUCAUCACGACCCUGUUUCCUCAGACACGAUCUCUUCACUCAUCGCUAUGCCACCCAUCGCACGCAUCCCAGCCGAUCUCCUGCAUGACAUUUUCGAUCUCGUCGCUCACGCUGAAGGCGCUGGACGAAAUCAUAACCUCAACGGUAGCAUAAAUUGCAUCCCUGUCUCUCAUGUAUGCCGGGAUUGGCGCAGUCUCUCCCUCGCAUCUCCAAUGCUGUGGUCCGUCCUCCACCUCGAUGUACAUUCAAGCGUUGCCAUGCUGCGGGAGUUCCUCGAACGGUCAAGGGACGCUCCCCUGUUCGUCAAGAUGCAGGGACCUUCGAGUGUUUGGUCUUCAACAGAGGACAUUAUACGCAUGGCGCGUGUUCUGUCCGAUCACAGCAGCCGUUUCAAAGCAUUUCAUGUCGUUUCGUUCCUAUCGGAUGACAUGAAGUCCGUGCUCGCACCAUUCACUUCUCCUGCGCCAAAUCUGCGACAACUAUCCCUGUCCGCAGCCAGUUACACCUCCAAUCCUGCUAUAUUCACGGGAUGGAUGCCAAUGCUGCGAGAGGUUCUCAUAUGCAGUGUGUCUAUGCCGUGGGUGUCCUAUCAAAACCUGGUUGAGUUGGAAUUAUCCGAUCAGGUAGCCCCCUCUCUCGAGGACCUGUUAUGGUCUAUACGGAACUCGCCAUCCAUAGAGAUCCUAUGCCUAGAUCUACGCGGAGCUCUUCGCGUUGAGGACAGUGGGACUGUCUCACAGCAACAGUGUAUCAACCUACAAAACCUGCGGAAGCUUGCACUGGGAUCUGCUCAGAAUCCAGAUGACGUUCUGAAGAUCCUGGCUUGUCUGUCCUUUCCCGUAACCACGUCAGUCGAUUUGCAGCUCCGGUACAGUGAAGGAGCCACCACGCAGAUUGACAUCCGUCAGUGUUCUCCCUCAAUCGCAGAAAUCACAUCAGGUAUCGACAAAGCGUUUCUCCAAUUCGUUUCUUCCCAUACGUAUCGACAUAUCACGCUCGGGGCGCUCGACGGGCUGUACACGGUGAAAUGGGAGUGGGAUGUUGACGAUGGUGGAGACGUUGCAAUUGACAAUGUCGUGCUAUCAACCAUUGACUUGCCUGCGUUGCAGUCGCUGAAACUCCAAACAUACGGCUUUUACGUUCGUGAAGAGACAUGGCUCAACGUACUCAAACUUUUUCCAACUAUCGACAUGCUAGAGAUCGAUUUCCGGACCGUGCACCAUAUUGUUCCAGCCACCAUUUUUUCCGUUCUCGCGGAGAAUGGCAAUGACGGCAAGGUCGUCUGUCCAAACCUCACGCAUCUCAUUGUCUCCCUCGUCGGAGACGUCGACAUCCACAUAUGGAGUAACCUGGUAGUAUCGGUGCUCGCAAGGCAGCGACUGGGUGCGCGAAGGUUGGCUCUCCUAGAUGUCACCUUCGAUGGAGCGCUUCCGGCAGCUCUCAUACCGCUAAACAAUAUUGUUGGCCAGGUAGAAGUGCGCAAGCGCCAAAACCCUAGAGUAAAGACUACACGGUCGCUUUCAGCGCACUCUACACGUUGACACAGUUCCGUGGAUUGACUCGUUCUGAUGGUAUACUGCACUUCACAUCGUUUUAGCUUUCACGACAUGACCAUGGUCUCGAGCAUUAAGUUAUGGGGAGGAAGCCAUGCGUGUAUCUGUGUGAUCUGUUUGCGUAAAUAUGUCGUUCUCAUUUUC